AUGGCAUUCCCUCCUCAUCAUGGUUUUAUGUUCCAUUCCCUUGAAGACAAUGACCACCUUCCAUCUCCCUCUUCUCUCAACUCUCUUCCCUCCUGCCCUCCGCAGCUUUUUCCUGGAAGUGGAGGGCAUUUCUUGAUGAAGAGAUCGAUGUCCUUUUCUGCAAUGGAAAAAUGUGAAGAAGUAGGGCAUGGAGAAGAUGACUUGUCUGAUGAUGGAUCACAGAUAGGGGAGAAAAAGAAGAGGCUCAACUUGGAGCAGGUUAAGGCACUUGAGAAGAGCUUUGAGUUGGGAAACAAGCUUGAACCUGAGAGAAAAAUGCAGUUGGCCAAGGCUUUGGGUUUGCAGCCAAGGCAGAUAGCUAUUUGGUUUCAAAACAGGAGGGCUAGAUGGAAGACUAAGCAGUUAGAGAAAGACUAUGAGAUCUUGAAGAAACAGUUUGAUGCCCUUAAGGCUGAUAAUGAUGCCCUUCAAGCCCAGAACAAGAAACUUCAUGCAGAGCUAUUUUCUCUAAAAGGUAGAGAUUCAAAUGAAGUUAAUCCCAAGAAAGAAACUGAGGGUUCUUGGAGUAAUGGAAGUGAAAACAGUUGCGAUGUCAACUUAGAUGUCUCAAGAACUCCAGCAGCAACAAGUCCAGUAACAUCCCAACUGACUACUAAACAUCUCUUCUCCACAUCCAUCAAGCCUGCAAGCAUGACUCAACUUCUCCAAGGUUCAUCAAGAUCAGACCUUCAAUGCUUGAAAGUUGAUCAAUUGGUUCAUCAAGAUGAAAACUUCUGCAGCAUGUUCAAUGGCAUAGAGGAGCAGCAAGGAUUUUGGCCAUGGCCUGAGCAACAGCAUGCUACAUUUUCAUUGAACCAAGCCCAGUUCUCCAAUAAUUAG